AUGGAGAUGUUGAAUGGCUUCCUCUUUGCAUGGCUUGUUACUUUAUCUUUAGCAACAAUAGCUGUUGCACAAGACGAUCAAUCAGGAUUCAUAAGCAUUGAUUGUGGAAUACCAGCAGGUUCCAACUAUACUGACAUAAUAACAGGACUAUCUUACACUUCAGAUGUAGGUUAUGUCAGUGGUGGAGUGAGCAAUAGCAUAUCACCUAUUUACCAAUCCAAUUCCCCAGAAAGGCUAUUUCUCACAGUUACAAGCUUCCCUUUAGGAACUAAAAAUUGCUACACUUUAACCCCAGCUCAAGGGAGUUUUGGCAAGUACUUGAUAAGAGCAAGUUUUCUAUAUGGAGAUUAUGAUGAAACUGGCCAAUUACCAAAUUUUGAUCUUUACAUUGGAGAAAAUUAUUGGGACACAGUCACAAUUUCUAAUGCUUCUAUACCAAUUAGGAAGGAAAUUAUAUACACACCCUCCACUGACUAUGUAACUGUUUGCCUUGUCAAGACAGAUACUACAACUCCUUUUAUUUCAGCCUUAGAGUUAAGGCCUUUGAAUAUUACCAUAUAUCCAACACUAAGUAAAUCAUUGGAACUUUAUGCACGUCUGAACUUCGGUACCUUAACCAAUCAAUACAUUAGGUACAGCUAUGAUGCAUACGAUAGAAUUUGGAUGCCAUUUCUAUGGGACACAAAAGCAAUUAUUAAUACAACACAAGACGUACUUGAAAACACUUACAAAGUACCAUCGGCGAUAAUGAGUACGGCCGUGACACUGGACCCGUUGACCGCCACCAAGGAAUCGGUGUCCUUUUAUUGGACAGCUAAUAAUAUUACUGACAGAUAUUACAUAUACAUGCAUUUCGCCGAAGUUGUUGAAUUGCCUGUGACACAAAUAAGGGAAUUCAACAUUUAUAUAAACGAUAACCUAUUUUAUGGACCUAUGUCUCCAAACUAUUUGUCCGCGACAACUGUGUACACAGUGUCUCCAGGCUAUGGUGUUGAGAGGUACGAUGUUGUGAUUAACAAAACUGCGGUAUCAACUCUUCCGCCACUCCUUAAUGCCGUCGAAAUUUAUAGAGAGAUAUAG